UGGGCGGAGGAAGCGCGGGACUCCUCCUCCCCGCCGUAUUAACAUGCACCCAGGGGCGGGUGACCAGCCCAGCCUCGCCGCCCCUGCCCGCCGCUGCGUCCCGGCGCUCAGUCUCCGCGCCAGAGGCGAGCCUUGCGCUCUGGGCGCCGCAAUCGAGAGGACACGGCCUCGCAGACACCUUCCUCCGGCGGGGAGCGGCGGGACCGGCAGCGCCUGGCUGGGCGCCUUCCCAUCACCUCGCUGAGGGGCGUCCCCGGCCGCGGGACCACCGUUCUGGCCCGAGCUCCGAGGUUCGUAGGACGGACGGACAGACGGACAGACGCCACCAGCGAGUUCCGGACUGGAACUGCGGGCAGCGGCAAGAAACAGUGAGUGGGACUACUGGAUCACUUCUAUUGACAACAGUUCAUACCUUUCCUUGGGACACUUUCCUCAGAAGACCAGCUCACGUCCAGUUUGCUCCGCUAUCCUCCCAAAUUCACAGGGUUCUUCUAGAGCAGACAUCUUUAGUCUCCCCAAGACUGAGCAGUUGAGCAUCACAUACCAGGAGUGGCAUCCGCAUAACAGUAUCAGCAAAGGCGGCAACUUGAAGCUUGUACCUCCUUCUGGAUUGGAAGCAGUAGAAAUGAAAGCGUGAUCGUCAAAGGUUACAUCUGCUCUGGGACGUGCUGAAUGUCACUCGAAGGUCCCUGUGUCUGCUUCAGAGAACUCCUGUUGAAUGACAAGGACGCUGAGCACAGUUUUUUCCCAAGACGGGUCUGGAACUUAACGGGGUUCCCAUGACCCCUGCGAUUGCUUCCAGUCAGCAAUGAAAGGCUUAUCGGGUAGCCGCAGCCACCACCACGGGAUCACCUGCGAGUCGGCCUGUGACUCACUGUCACACCACUCGGACCACAAGCCCUACUUGCUGAGCCCCGUGGACCACCACCCCGCGGAUCAUCCUUACUACACCCAGCGGAAUUCCUUCCAGGCCGAGUGUGUGGGGCCCUUCAGUGACCCGCUGGCCAGCAGCACGUUCCCACGCAGGCACUACACCUCGCAACAGGAGCUGAAGGACGAGAGCGCCCUGGUGCCACGCACACUGGCCACCAAGGCCAAUCGCAUCCCAGCCAACCUGUUAGAUCAAUUUGAAAGGCAGCUGCCCCUCAGCCGGGAUGGCUACCACACGCUCCAGUACAAGCGCACCGCUGUGGAGCAUCGCAGCGAUAGCCCAGGCCGCAUCCGACACCUCGUCCACUCGGUCCAGAAGCUCUUCACCAAGUCGCAUUCCCUGGAGGGGCCAUCCAAAGGGAGCGUCAAUGGGGGCAAAGCCAGCCCCGACGAGUCGCAAACUGUGAGAUAUGGCAAGCGCAGCAAGAGCAAGGAGAGGCGGUCAGAGUCAAAAGCCAGAUCCAAUGCCUCCAACGCUUCCCCAACCUCUCCCAGCUGGUGGAGCUCAGAUGACAACCUGGAUGGCGACAUGUGCCUCUACCACACGCCCUCGGGUGUGAUGACCAUGGGCAGGUGCCCCGACCGCUCCGCUUCGCAGUACUUCAUGGAAGCCUACAACACCAUCAGUGAGCAGGCGGUGAAGGCCUCCCGGAGUAGCAAUGAUGUUAAGUGCUCCUGUGCUAACCUGCCGGUAGUCAGUCUGGAUGCCCCGCUUCUGAAGAAGAGUGCCUGGUCCUCCACUCUCACCGUGAGCAGAGCCCGAGAGGUUUACCAGAAAGCCUCGGUGAACAUGGAUCAGGCCAUGGUGAAGUCUGAAGCUUGUCAACAGGAGCGGUCCUGCCAGUACCUACAGGUUCCCCAAGAUGAAUGGACAGGGUACACACCUCGUGGGAAAGAUGAUGAGAUUCCAUGCCGAAGGAUGCGAAGUGGCAGCUACAUCAAAGCCAUGGGGGAUGAGGACAGCGGAGACUCAGACACGAGCCCCAAGCCUUCUCCCAAAGUGGCUGCGCGGAGAGAAAGCUAUCUCAAGGCUACACAGCCCUCCCUCACGGAGCUCACCACACUCAAAAUCUCCAAUGAACACUCACCCAAACUCCAGAUCCGGAGUCACAGUUACCUGAGGGCCGUGAGUGAAGUCUCCAUCAACAGAAGCCUGGACAGCCUGGACCCUGCAGGCUUGCUCACGUCGCCAAAGUUCCGCUCCAGAAAUGAGAGCUACAUGCGUGCCAUGAGCACCAUCAGCCAGGUGAGCGAGAUGGAGGUGAACGGACAGUUCGAGUCCGUGUGUGAGUCUGUGUUCAGCGAGCUGGAGUCGCAGGCUGUGGAAGCUCUCGACCUGCCCAUGCCUGGCUGCUUCCGCAUGCGGAGCCACAGCUACGUGCGGGCCAUCGAGAAGGGCUGCUCCCAGGACGACGAGUGCGUCUCCCUGAGGUCGUCCUCCCCUCCCCGCACAACCACCACGGUGAGGACCAUCCAAAGCAGCACCGGUGUCAUAAAACUGAGUUCUGCCGUUGAAGUGUCAUCUUGCAUUACAACAUAUAAGAAGACACCACCUCCAGUCCCACCCAGAACCACCACGAAACCUUUCAUUUCUAUCACAGCCCAGAGUAGUACAGAGUCUGCGCAAGAUGCCUACAUGGAUGGACAGGGCCAGCGCGGAGACAUGAUCAGCCAGUCUGGCCUCAGCAACUCCACCGAAAGCCUGGACAGUAUGAAGGCUCUGACGGCCGCCAUCGAGGCCGCAAAUGCCCAGAUCCACGGCCCAGCAAGUCAACACAUGGGCAAUAAUGCCGCUGCUGCCACCACUGCCACCACCAUAGCCACUGUCGCCACCGAGGACAGGAAGAAAGACUUCAAGAAAAACCGAUGCCUCUCUAUUGGGAUUCAGGUGGAUGAUGCUGACGAGCCUGAGAAGCCAGGGGAGAACAAGGCACCCAGUAAGUUCCAGUCCGUGGGUGUGCAAGUCGAAGAGGAGAAGUGCUUCCGCAGGUUCACUCGGUCCAACAGUGUGACCACUGCAGUGCAGGCUGACCUGGACUUCCAUGAUAAUCUGGAAAAUUCUCUGGAAUCUAUAGAGGACAAUUCGUGUCCCGGCCCGAUGGCCAGGCAGUUCUCCCGGGACGCCAGCACAUCCACUGUCAGCAUCCAGGGUUCGGGAAACCAUUACCAUGCCUGCGCAGCCGAUGAUGACUUUGACACGGAUUUUGACCCCUCCAUCCUGCCUCCUCCGGACCCCUGGAUUGACUCUAUCACAGAAGACCCUCUGGAGGCCGUUCAAAGGUCCGUGUGCCACCGGGAUGGCCACUGGUUCCUGAAGCUUCUCCAGGCAGAGCGGGACCGCAUGGAAGGCUGGUGCCAGCAGAUGGAGAGGGAAGAGCGGGAAAACAACCUCCCGGAGGACAUUCUAGGGAAAAUCCGAACCGCGGUGGGCAGCGCCCAACUUCUCAUGGCGCAGAAAUUCUACCAGUUCAGAGAGCUGUGUGAAGAGAACCUGAAUCCCAAUGCUCAUCCAAGACCCACUUCCCAGGAUUUGGCGGGGUUUUGGGACAUGCUGCAGUUGUCCAUAGAAAAUAUUAGUAUGAAAUUUGAUGAACUUCAUCAGUUAAAGGCCAAUAAUUGGAAACAGAUGGAUCCUCUUGACAAGAAGGAGCGAAGGGCCCCUCCUCCAGUGCCAAAGAAGCCGGCGAAGGGCCCCGCGCCGCUGAUCCGGGAGCGCUCGCUGGAGAGCUCGCAGCGCCAGGAGGCCCGCAAGCGCCUGAUGGCUGCCAAGCGCGCCGCGUCGGUCCGCCAGAACUCGGCCACCGAGAGCGCGGAGAGCAUCGAGAUCUACAUCCCCGAGGCGCAGACCCGGCUCUGAGCUCCGCAGAGGACCGUCCCGCCGCCCUGCCCUCGGCCGCCUCCCCGUUCCCCUCCGUCUCUGAGCUCAGUGACCGCCACCGUCCUGGCGUAGUUGUCCACCUCGCAGGAGCCGCCCCCCCGAGCCGCCCCGCUUCCUGGACCGCUUGGCCCAUCUUCUCCACCGAGCUUUGCCCCCCUGUCCUGAAGCCUCAUGCAGACAUCCAAACCCUUUCUUUUCUGGAACAAGCAAACCCACCUGUGUAGAAAAGACACCUUGUAGGUCACUCACCUUCCUCAGUUCUUUCAAGCUAGUGUGUCCCUAGAACUCAGCAAUAUAAAACCAUAGGGUAUUUCAGAAACCCGGCAUCACACAGGGUGAUCCUCUGAGACUUAACCGUCUUCCACGUGAAAGAAACGAGGGCUCGCGUCCCUUUAUUUGCCCCCAAACAGUUAUUUUUACAAGCAGGCAGAUCGCUUUAUUUCUAAUAUCAGAAAUCACACCGUCUUGUCAGAAUCCAUGGUGACCAAGAGAGAGGGACCAAAGCUGACCUGGGGUUGGGGGCCUGGGUGUUGAGGAAAGAAGGGCAAAGUGUGUACCUUCGCAGCUGUACAAACUGCCUCUCUGGUACUUCAUUCAAACCGCUUCAGAUGUUUCAAUCAGCAGAAGAUUGUAAAUUCGAUCUUUCAGGGAAAUUAAUCUAUUCUGAAAGGCAAUAAAAUGAAGAAAGUUAAGGCAAAGGAAGGUUUAAGAUCCUAUAUAAGGAAUCUAUUUAUUUAUCUUACUAUUAAGAAAAUUUAGACCUGAAAUGUUUUAUCCACUUUUCUUGUACUCUGUGUAUUAUAAUGUCAUGGCCGUGGUUUUUAAAUGGGGGGGAGGAGGCGGGGGAGAAAGAGUUGGUUCAGGUAUUUUACUGCCCAAUCGCGUGGGCCCACUUAAGAUUUCACACACACAUAAGAACACUUCUGCUUCCGAAAGAUGGCAAAGUCAUUUCCAGAGAAGAGUUUCGGUUCCCUGCCACCCCUUCGAAGGCUACAUAUCUGUCUACUUUAGCCCAGCACAUCACAUUUCAGGGCUCUCCCCUCGCUCCCGUACAGGGUUCACGUGUUCCCAGCACAGGGUUUUCUCCUCUAGCAAAUGAAUAAACUUAAAAGGUUGUCUACCCCAGUUGCCAUGCCGCCUCAUUCCAAAGAGCUGCCAUCAUGACCCCGAAGUUCCAGGUAGAGAAGUCUUUCGAUCCGCAGGGACCAAGAGCUGUAAGGAGAAAGGGAAGUCGGCGCUCGUAAACGCUGAUAGAAAUCCGUGCUUUGGUUGGAUUCCAGACUUUCUCUUGGAUUGCAGGUUAGUCGUGGUGGAUAGCUGUGAGCACUGGCCUCCUGCUGAAGUCUUCAAACGCCCUUACUUGUAGCCGUUUAAACAUUCAGAAUGUGGCGAUCUGAAAGGGUCAGCCACAUACUAUGUCAAGCUUGCAACCUAAAGAAUUAGAAAUUUGCCAUUGAAAAAAUGGAAGUCUUGAAAGAAACAAACAAACAAAACGCUUGCACCAGAGACGCUUAAAAAAAAUACACUCUCAUAGCCAGGUGCUAAUUUAAUUUUCUUUACAAACUUCAGAGAAGCGAAGGGUCUGGGCAAGCACUAUUUUCAGACACACUCUAAAACCACUAGAGGAUUCGCUACCUCUCAGAGCCCUUGGUGCUCUGAGCUGCCUUUACUAACAGGGCACAAAUGUUCGCUCCCUGCUGUGGUUUACAAGAAAAGGGCUACUAACUUAUUAACAAAAACAACAGAACAACUUUUAACUAUGGCAGACAAAGUCAGUGCUUUCUCAACUGGAGCAGAAAUCCGUAGGCUUCAAGUAUUUGCUAGUUUCAAAAAAAAGACACUUUCUCUUUACAUACUGUGGGAAGUAUGCAGGAGUAAGGCCAACUGUCACCUUGGGUAGCCCGUGGUCACACUCACCCGAGAAAGACUGGAAUUCACAGGAAGCAGCCAUUCUAGACCCACUAUCAUGACUACAGCUCCCUGCCCUGAGGUAGAGUUCAGGUUCUAACGUGAUCCCAGAUACUCCUGCAGGGUUUUCUUUGGAAACUGAUUUAGCCCAGGCUGUUUUAAAGAGGGACGAGAGAAGGCCUAUUUAUCUUGUCUAAGUGAAUGGCAUUUGUAUAUUCAUAAGCUAUUUUUGGUAAGAAUUUUAAAUCUUUUAGCUGAACGCCUGCAGGGCAUCACAACCUUUGCCUUCCUGAAAAACGCAGUUUAAUCUGUACAAACACUUUAUAAAAAAAAAAAAAAGCUAAUUAUUGACGUUAGGACAUGACCCCCACACAAUACAGCUUGUUAUCCACUGGACCCGGAAACUGACAUCUUGUGAGCAUCACCUCUGUUGCAUUAUUCUUUUUGAUGUAAUUUGUAGAGAUGUUUUUUAGUUCAUAAUGAACAGCGUAUGUACCCUGAAAAAUUACUUAUUUUGUUUAACUUUGGUAUAAAGGUGUUGGGCAUUUUCUUGGGGCGGGGGGGGAUUACAAAAGAAAUUUUUCUCCCUCAUCAAAAACAACAAAAAAAUACGUUCAAAGAAAUUAAGUAUUUAUUAUAUUUUUUGCAGAUGUUUCCAUACAAUUCACAUAACCUUUUUGUAAAGAGAGAUGAAGAAAUGGAUUAAAGAUUUUUAAUAUUUGAAAUGGUAAAUAGAGCUAAUUUAUUUGUAAUAUAUUUCUGUUAUUUAUAGAUGUUCCCUUAAUGUUUUACUGUGCAGUAUGCUUUAAUUUAAGCCUUAUCUUUGUGAAUUUACCAUUUCUUUUUUAAGAACAUGUCUAGAUGCAUAUUUUAAAUAACUGGAAUGUAAAUCAUUAGCAUAUCUGAAUUCCCUAAUGUAAUUUUUAAAAAUUAUUUUGGUUUGGGGAAAAAAAAAGAUUCAUUUGAAAGCCUUCAGAUGGAGGGGUGGGGAAGAUUUUUAUGGCUUUCUGAAUUGGAAUUUCAUAGGCUUAUUUACCUAGAUUGUGUGUGGACAAAAAAAAAAAACCAACAAUCUGUAAAUACAUGAAUGUUUCCCAUAAUGUAAAAAGAAGGAAUUAAUAAAAUAAUCAAUGCACUGCUUUCAGGCUUGCGUGUUU